CAACACCGAUCGAGAAACGGUUUCUGGAAGAUUGUUUCGUUGACGUAAGAUAUCCAACAGCCCCACUACCUCGACCAGGCCAAGGUAUCAAAGUCCCUGACGAAGAAAUCGCCGCAGACAGUCCGCUUCUUCCUUUCGAAAAGAAUCAGUCUAUGAGAAUGAAAGUGUUAAUUUUCGCCGUUGUUGCGGUAUUCUACGUUCAAUCGGCACUCGGUGUCGACACACACGAGCACAACAAGGUCGUGUGUUAUUGGAAUAGCACGGCCUUCGAUCGACAAGGGCCAGGAAAGUUCCAGUUGGACGAUGUUCGCUCAGCCUUAUCUCUCUGCACACACCUGGUCUACGGGUUCGCAGGGAUCAGUGCGGACUCGUUCGAAGUUGUCCCGUUGAAUCCAACUUUGGACACUGGAGUCGGGUAUUCUUACUACAAGCUCGCCACACAACUGAAAAGAACCUUCCCAGAGUUGAAGGUCUACCUCGGCAUUGGUGGCAACGCUGAUCCUAACGACGACACUCACAAGUAUCUUGUUCUUACCGAGACAGCAGAAUCCAGAUCCAAGUUCAUCAACUCGGUCAACCGUCUCCUCAACGACUACGACUUCGACGGGAUCGACUUGGCCUGGCAGUUCCCAACGGUGAAAGUGAAGAAACAACGUGGCACGUUCGGUUCCUUAUGGCACGGACUGAAGAAGACCUUUGGCUAUGGGAAAUUCAAAGACGACAAGGAGCUGGAGCAUCGCGAUGGCUUCACCAUAUUGGUCCGCGAUCUGAAGGCUCAGCUCAGGCCGAGAAUGAAGGCUCUGACUGUUACAGUGCUCCCUCAUGUCAACAGCAGCGUUUAUUACGACGCCAGGUUGUUGGCACCCAACAUCGAUGCCGUGCACCUGUUCACCUUCGACCAGAAGACGCCGGAACGCAACCCGCAAGAAGCUGAUUACCCGGCACCCAUUUACGAGAGUUACGGACGCGUUCCUCAGGACAACGUUGACGCCACCACCAGUAUCGAUUUGGUUUCAAGGUACUGGCUCGAGAAUGGAACGCCAGGCUCGAAGAUAGUCGUCGGAAUCCCAACGUACGCCAGAACGUGGAAACUCACGUCGGACAGUCAGAUAUCAGGGGUGCCACCAAUCGUUACCGACGGCCCGGGAGCAGAAGGGCCGCACACGAACGUGCCGGGGCUUCUCUCGUACGCGGAGGUCUGCUCCAGGCUGACAGAAUCCGCUGUGGGCCGUCUGAGACGCGUUGGUGACCCGUCCAAGAAGUACGGUGGCUACGCGUACCAACCUUACAACGAGAACACUGGCGAGGAUGGCAUUUGGGUCGGCUACGAGGACCCCGACACCGCUGGUAACAAGGCCGCCUACGCCAAGGCGAAAGGUUUAGGCGGCGUUGUCAUCUACGACCUGUCGUUGGACGACUUUCGCGGUGUUUGCACAGGAGACAAAUUCCCCAUCAUCAGGGGUGCCAAAUACAAGUUGUAAGAACGUUGCCAGAAAGAGACUGGUUGCAUAACGAGAGAGUCUGACGUGGCCAAUUCUCGUAACUUAAGCUGGAAAAUGUAUUUUUUUUUUUUUUUUUAUUAGUUUUCUGAAGUAUCCAGUUGGUUGGCCACUUGAUGUUUUUAUACUCCUUACGUGGUUUUAGUCUCUCGCGUAUGCUACAUUUUAGAGGCUGUUCAGCGUUUGGCGAAAAUUGGAGGAGAAGAUUCGUUGUAUCGAAAAUAAAGUUGAAGUCUUCGAGA